UUAUUUUCAGUAGGGCUGCAGCUUAGAGGUGGAUAAAGUUCGUCUCCACGUUGGAAGUGAUUGAAAGUAUUCCUCGUUUUCAGGCAUUGUUUCUUUUCUUUUUUUGACGGGGGUAAAAUUAAAGACAGUAGCUGGCGUGUGAACACGGAGAGUCAGCGGCGGGAAAAGUACUUUCACUGUUUUAUUUCGUUUUUUAAUCGAUGACGGCUUCCAAGAAGAAGAAAAGUUUUCCCGGGACGCUAAGUUGUCAAGUGAGUUGAACUUCGACAGAAAAAGCAGACAUACUAUAGAAAAGCUUCUUUUUUUGUAAAGUUUUUAGUUGGAUACAAAGAAACUCUUUAGUCGAAGCGAACUUUAUGUCUAGAAAAAUGGAAGCGACUUUUUACGACGACGCCUCGAACUCGCAGAGUGACGGGACGUCCGCGUAUGGGUUCAACCCUAAAACCCUCAAGCAAACCAUGACUUUGAAUCUAAACGAUCCAAAGAACUUCAAACCUCAGCUCAGCUCGAAGGCUCUGGACAUCCUGACGUCGCCCGAUGUGGGGCUGUUGAAGCUUGCCUCGCCGGAGCUGGAGAGGCUCAUCAUCCAGUCCUGCAACGGCCUGACGACUCCCACCCCGACCCAGUUCGUGAGUUCCAAGAACAUCACCGACGAGCAGGAGGGCUUCGCCGAAGGCUUCGUGAGGGCUCUGGCGGAGCUGCACUACCAGCAGAUCCCGGCGGUGCACCCCGAUGGACAGACAGUUGCUACCGGCGGUGCGGGGUGUGAGAGCGGCGGGAUUCCCUACAGUCGCGCUGGACGCGCCGACCCUCCGGAGUACACAAACUUAGCCACUUUCAGCCGGACGGCGGGGCAAGACCCGGCACCUGUCGUAGACAGACACCCGCCGGCAAGUUACCCCGCCGCCCCACAGCCGUCCCUCAUGGCGGCGCAGCACCCGCGGCUGCAGGCGCUCAAGGAGGAGCCGCAGACUGUGCCCGAGAUGACCGGCGACACCCCACCGCUCUCUCCCAUCGACAUGGAGACCCAGGAGCGGAUCAAAGCGGAGAGGAAGCGCAUGCGGAACCGGGUGGCCGCGUCCAAGUGCCGGAAAAGGAAGCUGGAGAGGAUCUCUCGGCUGGAGGACAGGGUCAAGAACCUGAAGAGCCAAAACACGGAGCUGGUUUCCUCUGCCAACCUGCUCCGGGACGAGCUGGCUCUGCUGAAGCAGAAGGUCAUGGACCACGUGAACAGCGGCUGCCAGCUCAUUCUCACACAGCAGCUCCAAGGCUACUAGAACACACAACAGAAACACACGCAUACGUAAUGACUGAUUGGGGACCAAAUGCAACUUUUAAGUGGUCCUUCGAGCCUUUCAGGGAACUUUCAGCGUCUUCUUCACUACCAAAUCCCCUUCAGUGUUGGUAAAAGUCUGAAUGAAACCUUGCACCUUUAGUCUGCUCUGAUCCACAAAGUUACAUCCCAGCACGGCAACGCCGCCCCUCUCCCCAUCUAGCAGUACGACUACAUGGUCUGAUUGUUCAAGGAAGCCUGCUGGCAAACACGAUGCAAGUUAGGCCUUAAUCCUGCAUAUAUAUUAUUGUCACUAGCAACACAUGCAUGCAUGCGACGUUCAGGCACCAGCGUUUGUACAGAGAAACACUAACUACAACUUUUCCACACCUUUUUGGACUUUGCAGGUGUGCACGUAGCGUUUUAUUGACAGAAACUGCCUUACUCCAUGACACUUAUGUUCAUACACUUUUGUGAAAAUAGCUGUAAAAUAAAAAAAAACUUUGUAACAUUUUUAGCCUGGGCAGCAUUUUGAGCACUUAACUGUAAAUAUGUCAUGUCAUAAUAAAAAUAUUAAUUAAGACCCAA